AUGUCAGAUAAAAAGCUCUCUAUUCCAGUUGUUUCUAUCAUCCCCGGCAUUGGUGAAAGUGUACGCCAGCAGUUAGCGUCACCAACAGCCACGUCCUAUGCUGCCAGGUUAUACAAGUCUAACAAGCUUGAAAUUGUGGACCUACCGCUACCAAUAAUAUCUCCACCCAACAGUUGCAAUAAUCAUCAGCCUGAGGGAUCUGUCAGCCAGCCCAUUCCUACUACGCCCGUAUGGAAGCUUAAUUCCAUACAGCAGCAGAUUCUCGAAGACGCCGAGAUUAUUAUCAUGGAUGCCCACAUUGGUGCACCGCUGCUGCUCGCACCUGAAACCAAUUUGCCUUUUGAAAUGCAGCAUUUGCUUCGAAAGGUGCAGUGGGUGCAAGGAACGUAUGCUGGAGUGGAUUCAUACUUUCAGUUUCCAAUGGUCGAAGGUGGCCCGAAAUUUACUGUCUCCCGUGCAGGAGGUAUCAUGCCAACAGCACUGGCACAGUAUGUGUUUGGCUACGUGAUAGUGAUCGAGCGCAAGUUCUAUGAAGCCAAACAACUUCAAGAAAAACGCGUCUUUGGUCGAUGGGAACUCAAGUAUCGACCAUUUCGGCAAUUGACUAUCGGCAUCCUUGGUUUUGGUGACAUUGGAAAGGAGAUUGGACGCACUCUAAAAACAUGCGGAUUUCGAGUGAUUGGAUUUAAGCGUCACGUGAGUGAUGAAGAUCGAAAUGCAUUAGCGCUGUAUGCUGACGGUUUGUCUUCCAAUUUAAAUGAGGUACUGGAGCAAAGUGACUAUGUAGUUAACGUCUUGCCUAGCACAGACGCAACUCGUUACUUGCUGACUGAAAAUACACUAGAGGUGUGCCGAAAAAAGCAACCGGUUUUCAUUAACGUCGGCCGAGGCGAUAUCAUCUCGGAGGAAACAAUCAUUAAUGCUUUAGAGAAGGGUCUGCUGUCCAAGGCUGUGCUAGAUGUAUUCGAGAAGGAACCAUUGCCAGAGACGAGUCCACUGUGGUCGCACCCAAAAGUGAUUAUAACACCACAUAUCGCUGGUACUGUGUUUCCAGAAGACGUGGCUGAUGUAUUUGUGAAGAAUCUUAACCUUCGAUUCGAAGGAAACCCGAUGCUUUACCAAAUGGAUUGGACAACCGGCUACUAG